AUGGCACUUUCAGAGCUACAGUAUACGUUCGUUCAGCUCUUUUGCGCGGUGUUCGUAUGGGGAAUGUAUACCACCUUGAUGAUGGUGCUCGCCUUGGUCUUGGCCCUCGGUUCCCGCUCUUUGACCAAACCAAGGUUGGCCAUGUUCGGCGUUGGGGUGCUCAUGUACCUGGUCGCCUCCUGUCACACGUCCAUCGUAUUCUCUGGUUUUAUCAGUGGCCCUAAUAACCGCGACAAUGCGAAGCUGCUUCAGUCAACUAUCAUCCUGGCCCAAAUUCAGUUCAUUCUAUACGAUAUCGUCUUAAUAUGGCGCGUGUGGGUGAUAUGGGGUCAUCUAUGGUGGGCGAUUGCCCCGCAGAUCGUCUCCUUAAUAGUCUCGUGCGGACUUACGUUUCAAGUCGCCGCAGCCGUUACCUCCCCUAACGCUCGCGUCUUUCCGGUCGCAUCUGCGGCGCUGACGCUCGCGAAUACGAUUCUGAGUACUCUACUCAUCGUUUGUCGUCUUGAGUACAUGCAAUAUAGGAUCCGCAAGGUCGCCAGCGGUGUAGCUGCUACGAGUUCCGGUCAGCGAUACACGGGCAUAGUGAUGAUGUUUGUGGAGAGUGGUGCGAUUGUAACCGCUGCACAGAUCAUCAGCUUCAUUCUGCAACAAAUCAACUCCCCUGCCCUUCAUGUCGUACUGAAUAUGCUUCCUCAAAUCCUGGGUCUUUUCCCUACCUCGAUUAUUUUGUUAGUUCAUCUCGACAUGGUACCGGGUAGCCGAGAAAGUCAGCGCUACGCUCAGACAUUUACCAGCCAUAGUUUGCGCUGGGCGACCGCUACUGGACGUAGUACCACUUCUGCUCCGAUUACAUGGAACACAGGCAGCGCAACGGCGCAGGGGAGUCGGCUGGAGUUCAAGCAGUUCGCGGGAGAAGAACUGGAGGACCCUCUACCCGACGACGACAAUCUUAGCCGUGGGUAA